AUGUCUCUCUCCCUCUCUCUGUUCCCGCCCGCCCGACGCAUCCCCCCCGCCGUUGCCCCCCGCCAGUGGCCGCCGCCCGAACGCCGCGCCUCCAAUGCGCCCGCGGACCACCGAGACUUCUCCGACCGUGACUGGGUCUUCCCUUCCUUCGUCGUCCCACAGAACACUUCCAAACGCGGCAAGAAGCUCGCCUCCUCUGAUUCGCGUACGGCUGCGGCGCAUGGUAAGCUUGUCGACGCGUCGCACCGGAUCGCGUCCCAUUCUCCGCCUGCUGCGUCGGUGCCGAAGCCGGAGGCUGAGAGGAAGAAAUUGAAGGUGGUGCCAAGUGGAGCUCCGGUUUCUUCUUCGAGUGAGUUGACUCGGCCGAGUUCGAGGCGGCCUGGGGAACUUAAACGUUAUUUGUUACUAGUUGUGCUCACUUUCACUUGUGUAUUAUCUGUAACUUAUGUAUUUUAUCUGCGGCACAGAGUUGCACAACUUGAGGAAUGGUGUACCGAAAAAGAUAUCGAUUCAAAUAGCAGCUUUAGUCUUUUUCUGGCUGAGAAGACUCCCCUUUUUUUCCAUUUUGCUAAUGCUGAAAGAAGAACUGUUGCUUUGUAUGCUGUGGUCAUUAUUCUUACUAUGCCAUUUGUAUUGUACAAACAUCUUGAUUAUCUUUCCCAAAUAAGGAAUCUCUCAAAAAGGUUGAAGAGUAACAAUGAGGAGGUUCCCAUAAAGAAGAGGAUUGCAUAUAUGGUGGAUGUGUGUUUCUCUGUCUAUCCAUAUGCGAAACUGCUUGCGCUUCUGUUUGCUACAAUAUUUCUUAUAGUGUUUGGUGGAUUGGCAUUGUAUGCAGUCAAUAAAAAUAGCUUUGCUGAAGCUCUUUGGCUCUCAUGGACUUUUGUUGCUGAUUCUGGAAACCAUGCUGACACAGAAGGCCUUGGGCCAAGGAUAGUUUCUGUCUCUAUAAGUUCAGGAGGCAUGCUAAUAUUUGCAAUGAUGCUUGGGCUUGUUUCUGAUGCUAUAUCAGAGAAGGUUGAUUCACUGCGGAAAGGGAAGAGUGAAGUCAUUGAAAUGAACCACAUCCUAAUUCUUGGAUGGAGUGACAAACUGGGUUCACUUCUAAAGCAGCUAGCAAUAGCAAACAAGAGUGUUGGUGGUGGUGUUGUUGUUGUACUUGCUGAAAGAGACAAGGAGGAAAUGGAGCUGGAUAUAGCAAAGCUUGAAUUUGACUUCAUGGGGACCUCUGUUAUAUGCAGAAGUGGCAGCCCUCUUAUACUCGCUGACCUGAAGAAGGUCUCAGUUUCAAAGGCACGUGCUAUCAUUGUAUUGGCAUCUGAUGAAAAUGCAGAUCAGAGUGAUGCACGUGCUUUGAGGGUUGUGCUCAGCCUAACUGGGGUGAAAGAGGGUUUGAGGGGUCAUAUUGUUGUAGAGAUGAGUGACCUUGACAAUGAGCCUCUGGUGAAGCUUGUUGGAGGAGAACUCAUAGAAACAGUUGUAGCACAUGAUGUGAUUGGAAGGCUGAUGAUACAGUGUGCUCUGCAGCCUGGUCUUGCACAGAUAUGGGAGGACAUAUUGGGGUUUGAGAAUGCUGAGUUUUACAUCAAAAGGUGGCCUCAAUUGGAUGGUCUUCGUUUUGAAAAUGUGCUUAUUUCAUUUCCUGAUGCAAUUCCUUGUGGAAUUAAGGUUGCUGCAGAUGGUGGGAAGAUAAUCUUAAAUCCAGAUGAUAAUUAUGUUCUGAAAGAUGGGGAUGAGGUUCUGGUUAUAGCAGAAGAUGAUGACACUUAUGCUCCAUGCCCCUGUCCAGAGGUAUGCGCAGGCUCUUGUCCAAAGACAGUUGAACCUCCCAAAUACCCCGAGAAGAUAUUGUUCUGUGGCUGGCGUCGUGACAUAGACGAUAUGAUUAUGGUUCUAGAGGCAUUCUUGCCUCCAGGUUCAGAACUUUGGAUGUUCAAUGAAGUUCCUGUAAUAGAAAGAGAUAGGAAACUUACAGAUGGUGGACUGGAUGUUUCUAGAUUGGAGAACAUAAAGCUUGUCCACAAAGAAGGAAAUGCUGUGAUCAAACGGCAUUUAGAGAGUCUUCCUCUGGAGACUUUUGAUUCUAUAUUAAUUCUUGCAGAUGAAUCACUAGAGGACUCUGUUGUUCAUUCUGACUCAAGAUCCCUUGCCACUCUUCUCCUUAUACGAGAUAUACAGUCAAAGCGUCUCCCUGACAAAGAUACAAAGCCAACUUCUUUACGGUUGUCUGCAUUUUCACACAGCUCUUGGAUCCGUGAAAUGCAGCAAGCUUCAGACAAAUCAAUAAUAAUUAGUGAAAUUCUGGAUUCUAGGACUAGAAACUUGGUCUCGGUGUCUAGAAUCAGUGAUUAUGUGCUAUCAAAUGAACUGGUUAGUAUGGCGCUGGCAAUGGUGGCUGAAGACAAGCAAAUCAAUCGUGUCCUUGAGGAGCUAUUUGCUGAACAGGGGAAUGAGAUGUGCAUAAAACCAGCAGAACUCUAUUUAUAUGACCAGGAAGAACUCUGCUUUUAUGAUAUAAUGCUUAGGGGUCGUCAAAGGCAGGAAAUCGUGAUUGGAUAUCGGCUUGCAAACACAGAGCGGGCCAUAAUUAACCCAUCACUGAAGUCAGAACGAAGAAAAUGGUCCCAUGAUGACGUUUUUGUGGUCAUCUCCGUAAGUGAAUGAACCUAAUUUAACAAAGGAGUGUUAAACUGGUCUACGCUUGACAUCUGCAGUAAUCAGGAGUUGCCCUUCUUUCCCCUCCCCAACCUCACUAAUAUUACCAGUACAUACUGAGAAAUAUUUUGUAUUCAUUGGGGAAGCGGAUUCGGUCAUGAUUCCGGGAAAGUGCCAGUUCUUGCUGAAGAGGAUGACAUCCCUUCCCACCUGAAAAGGUAGUUGUAUCAAUGGGCGAAUGGUGACUUAAAUCAGAAUAUGAAGUUAGUUGGCUGGAUGAUGGGCAUUCAUGUUGUACAAUUCUAAAUAUUUCUUGUUUAAAAAUGAGUAUAUUCUUAUUGUGAUGGAAAAUAUGUUUUAUGGAGAAAUUCCUGUGAACCCCGAGGUUGAAUUACUUUGUAAGAUCCUUCUGACAUGUGACAUUUGAUUAAAUUAGGAUUUUGUAAAUUCAAUUAAGUUUGACGCCGAAAGUGAGAAUUCGAUUCAUUACAAAAUUUAUGUAAAAAUGAUGUUUAUGUUCUUGGAUAA